AGGAGCUGGCCCGCCUCCAUGGUUCAUCAGAGAAGCUGUGGCUCCAGCCUCCUGGGACGUACACACACACACAUACACACACACAUGCACAGACGCACGCACACCCCACAAACAACAGCCCAGGCUGGAUCUUUCCUCGGUCUCUUCUCUUGGUAAAACUUCUCAGAGACCCAAAGAGAGGACCCAAAAUCCUGAGGCCAGCUGGCAGCAGCAGAGAAGCCGAGGGAGACUAGAAGAUGUAGUCUGCCCUGCCCUGCGGCUGCUGAACUUUCUUCUUUUUCCUGAAAACAUCCAGACUCUCUCUUCUCCCAGGCUGGGAAGCAGAACAUAGGCCCCCUGCUGCAACGCUGCCCCUGAGCAAAGGCUGAUCUCUGAGCAGGACCAGGGCCAUGUCCCUCAUCUCAUGGCUUCGGUGGAACAAGUCCCCAUCCCGGCUGUCCUCCAGGAGCCCUGCUGAGAUGGUGCUGGAGACACUUAUGAUGGAGCUGACAGGGCAGAUGCGAGAGGCUGAGAGGCAGCAGCGGGAGCGCAGCAACGUGGUCAGGAAGGUCUGCACUGGUGUGGACUACAGCUGGCUGGCCAGCACACCCCGGCCCACCUAUGACCUCAGCCCCAGUGAGUGGCUUCAGCUGGAGGAUGUCUGCGUCAAGAUUCACCCAUCCUACUGUGGGCCUGCCAUCCUCAGGUUCCGGCAGCUGCUGGAGGAGCAGGAGCCAGAGGUGCAGGAGGUGUCCCGGCUCUUCCGCUCGGUGCUGCAAGAGGUCCUGGAGAGGAUGAAGCAGGAGGAGGAGGCCCAUAAGCUGACGCGCCAGUGGAGCCUGCGGCCCCGCAGCAGCCUAACCACCUUCAAGACCCGCGCGCGCAUCUCUCCCUUCGCCAGCGACAUCCAGACCAUCUCCGAGGACGUGGAGCGGGACACGCCGCCGCCGCUGCGGUCCUGGAGCAUGCCCGAAUUCCGGGCUCCCAAAGCUGACUGACCCCUGCCGCUCCCCUGCCCAGAAGUGGAGACGUCUACAGGGGGCAGGCUAGGCUGGUGACCGGGGCGCCGGGCCCUGGAACCUUCCCACCUAGCCCUGACGAGGAGACGGAGACCCAAGUCGGCCCCAUCCCAAGACGCUGCUACACAAUGAAGCAACUCCCCACCCCACCCUCUUCCUCUGGCCACAAAGCCGAUUUAGGUCGUAGAGCAGCACCGCCCUCUCCCUCUCCUGCGCUAGCCUGCAGGAGCACCCCCUUCCCUAACUGGCAGAUUCAAGACCUUCGAAGACAGACCAUUGCCCCAUCCUCAUCUCCUGCUUCCGUCUAAAAGGGCAGAGUUGCCCUACCUUUUUGCAAGACCUAGGGUCUCACCCCAAUUUCAGGGAUGUCUCAUUCACUCCCCCACCCCCUUCCCCAAUGAUAAGGGACCUGUUGAACUGUAUCCAUUCUUGCUAGUGACUGGCUGAGCUCACCACUGCAGGUGGGUCACAGCCUCACGGGCAGAUACAGCUGGAAGCGACCAGAGAGACAAUUAGAUCCACUCUCUUCAGCUAGUAAAUUCGGAAACUGAGGCUCAGAGAGGAACACUUCUUCCACCUUUAACUGUAGCCAGCUUCUCAGGAACAGUGAGAUUGUUCCUGCAUGACUAGUGUCUGUUCCUGAGUCUGGAAUCCUGGGCCGUGUUGGGACAGGUCCAAAGGCUACGUCUCUACCUACCUGUGGCCUGAUCUAUCUCUUACCUUGGCACUGGGAUGAGGGUCUAAGCUGCUCUCCAAGAAGUGUAGACAGGGGUGGAGGUAGGUUACCCAUUACCCCGUGCCAGUGUCAUCACAUGGGCUGUGGCCAGUGCCCAGCAGCUUCUUCCAGAGGCUAAACUUCAAGGCCUUCAGACGCUGCUCUAAAGAGCCCAGGUUUUUCAAUUCCAGGAUUCCCCCUCCUGCAGCUGGUCACACCUGCUCUCUGACUUUCCCCAGGAGGUGAGGCCCAAACCCCUGACUGACGUGAGGCACCUGAGUGAAAUGUUCUAGAAGAGCUUCUUGCAGACUUUACUGUCCUUCCAUUUUCUAACAUGGUUCGGCCUUGAUGAUGGGCGUGUGAAUUACCCAAUGUGUGGCUCACCCGUGGAAAAUCUGGAAGGCCAAGAGGCCUUCUCACACACUCUGGGGUUGAAGUGGGGUAUAAAGGGGAUGGGUGGGGAAAGUGUCUAUCCUCAACUACCAGUGCACACGCAGAAAAUGCAAAUGGAUCUUAAUAGUAGCCUAAAUAAAAUGCCGGGAGGAGAUAUAAUCAACGGAGAGUUGGGGGGGCGGUGUAGAAUCUGUGUAUUCCCUCAGUGGAAAAAGUUUUUUUUUUUUUUUAAUGAUUUGGUUUUGAAUGAUUUUCACUGGAAUCUGGAUAGAGAAUCAUAGGAUGGAGGAAAACCUCUGAUCCAACACUAUCAAGGUGGAAGAGUUGAUUGGCUUACUAAUAUAAUUGGUAGAGGUUGAGAAUCACUUUAAAUAUACAUCUUAAACAUCUUACAUAUUUUAUUUGAAGACAUAAAAAGUUCACUUGAUUGCCAAACUUUUUUUUUUUUUUUUUGAGAUGGAGUCUUGCUCUGUUGCCCAGGCUGGAGUGCAGUGGCACAAUCUUGGCUUAUUACAACCUCCGCCACCCAGGUUCAAGUGAUUCUCCUGCCUCAGCCUCCCAAGUGGCUGGAACUACAGGCAUGCGUCACCAUGCCUGGCUAAUUUCUGUAUUUUUAGUAGAGAUGGGGUUUCACUAUGUUGGCCAGGCUGGUCUCGAUCUCCUGACAUCGUGAUCUGCUCUCCUUGGCCUCCCAACGUGCUGGAAUUAUAGGCGUGAGCCACCUGGCCCAGCCACCAAACUUUUGAUUAGAUACAAGCUGUGCUUUUUUUGUGACCUGUAUGUUUCAUCUGGUGGGAGUCCUACACUUAAGUUUUCUUGGUUUGUGCUUUAAACAUAACAGUAAGAACAACUGGCAUGAAAGAGUUUUGGAACAAGCAGAAGUGACCCUUGGUAAGCAGACAGCUCAGCUGGUAGGGGCAAAAGUGUUGGGGAGAAUUAGAAAAAGGCCUCCACACUGUGGGCUUUCUGGUGCCCUGGAUGUGGGUCUGCAGAUGUUUUAGAGGACAUGGUUAACCUGGAGGGAGAUUCAAAGGAGGCUGGAUAAGAGAAUACCUAUUUUUCUUUCCCACCACCUUACACAUACCUAUUCUCUUGAAAGAAAGGGAAGACCUGAGGCUUUCGACAUGGUGUUCUUUUUUAAGUUUAAGUAACAGGCUGCUGAUAAAAACCUUUCCUGCCAACCGCAGGCAGGUGGACAGAACCCACCAGCCUCCUCUGACACUGGCUGUCCUACUACAGGUAAUCCCAGCUGGUGGCUCUCAAAUUCAUGAGGGUCCAGAAGUUGUUCCUCUGGAUUCAGGUUGUUAAAGGGACUAAUGAUGUCUGCCUCCAUUUCUAUUUUUAAAAACUCAAUAACCACAAAUAAAAGAACAAAAAGUU